UACUCCUGUGCGCGUCCACGCUUUUACUACCGACAGGCACGAAAUCCAAGGAAGGAAGUCUGGACUACAACUCAGCUCAGGACUGGGUGGAAGAAAAAAAAAAGCUUCAUCUGAGGAGGAGGAGAAGGAGAGAGUUUUUCCCUUAUUCGCAUUUAUUAAGAAAAGAAGAAAACAUCCACGUUUGGAAACAUGGACUGAGAUGGAGGCGGCGAGAAGUUUGCUGUUGGUCGGAGCCCUUCUGCUGGGAGCGACGGGCGGACUGAGCAGGGAAGUUUGCCUGGGCACAGUCAUGAAACUAGACCUGCCUUCCAGCCUGGAAAAUCACUACGAGACUUUGAGGCUGCUCUACACCGGCUGCCAGGUCGUCCAUGGAAACCUUGAGAUUACACACCUCAGUGGAAACCCAGACCUCUCCUUCCUGCAGGGCAUUGUAGAGGUGCAGGGUUAUGUCCUUGUUGCUCAUGUCUCUGUGGACCUGGUGCCUUUGGACAACCUCCGGAUCAUUAGAGGCAGCCAGCUGUACGAUUCCAACUAUUCACUCGCUGUGUUGGACAAUCAGGGGCUGAAGACACUUCGGCUUCGUAGUCUCAAAGAAAUCCUGUUGGGUGAAGUGUCUAUUUGGGGGAACCCCCAGCUGUGCUUCCCGGACCCAGAGAGAAUCAUAUGGAGGGACAUCUUGAACGAGAAGAAAACCCCCCACCAAAGGCCAAACCGUCUGCAGCGCCGUGCCUCUAACUGCAAAAACUGUCACCCUUCAUGUGAGAAUAACUGCUGGGGGGAAAUGGAGCAGGACUGCCAAACACUGACCAGGAUAAGCUGUACGACUGGUUGUCACCGAUGCAAAGGCCCUGAUUCUAUCGACUGCUGUCACCAGCAGUGUGCCGCCGGGUGCACUGGACCCAAAAACUCAGACUGUUUGGCGUGUCUUCAUUUCAACGACAGUGGAGAGUGUAAAGACAGCUGCCCCCCGCCAAGCAUCUACGACCCUAUCUCCUAUCAGACCAAACCCAACCCCGACAAGAAGUUUAACUUUGGAGCCACCUGUGUAAAGAGGUGUCCCUAUAACUACCUGGCUAUGGAUGUAGCCUGCACUUCCAGUUGCCGAUCCAAAAAGGAAACCAUCAUUGUUGAGCCUGAUGGUACUGAGGUGCAGAUAUGUGACAAGUGUGAAGGAAACUGUCCUCAAGAUUGUUACAGCCCUGGUACGGAAAACGGCAACUUGGGCAACCACAACGUUACCAUAGUAACAUCUUCUAAUGUGGGACAUUUCAACAAGUGCUCCAAGAUUUUUGGAAGCAUCGCCUUCCGCGCUCAGAGUUUUGCAAGGGACCCUGUGACCAAUAAGUCCGGUCUGACUUUUGAGCAGCUGGAAGCCUUCAGGAAGCUGGAGGAGAUUACAGGUUAUUUGUACAUCGAUGCCUGGCCAAAGGAGUGGACCAGCCUAUCUGUGUUUGAAAACCUUAAGGUGGUCAGAGGAAGGAUGCUCUACAUGGGUGUGUAUUCUUUGGCCAUCCAGAACCUACACAUCACAUCCCUCGGGCUGCGCUCACUGCGCAGCAUCAGUGGAGGCCUGGUGUUGAUAUACAACAACCCACAGCUAUGUUACACCAACUUUCUGCCCUGGGAGACGCUCCUCCAUCCCACUGAAGGGCCCCACCGCAUCGUCCGUCUCAACCGAGACCCCCAGACGUGUGAGGCAGAAGGAAAUGUUUGUGAUCAGUUGUGUGAUGGAGGAUGUUGGGGUCCGGGUCCUGGACAGUGUGUGUCUUGCAAAUUAUUCCAGCGUGGUACCGUGUGUGUGGAGCAGUGUGCUGUCUAUGAAGGAACUCCUCGUGAAUACUUUGAUGGAUCAAUGUGCAUCGCCUGUCAUGCAGAGUGUCGACCUAUGAAUGGCUCUGCUACCUGCCAAGGCCCAGGUGCAGAUGAUUGCACUGAGUGUCUGCAUUACCAGGAUGAAAGGUUUUGUGUGGAACGUUGUCCGAGCGGAGUGAAGGAAAACCAACAAACCGUGUGGAAAUACGGCAACGCUACAGGACACUGUCUGCCCUGCAACACUAACUGCACACUGUCCUGCACCACAAAGGACGAGAGAGGCUGCCCCGUUGAGAUCAAGGCGGGUUCAGGCACAACCAUCGCUGCUGUUGUCACUGGACUUCUGCUGGUUAUAAUCCUUGGAGCUAUGCUGUACUUUUAUUUAAGAAGACAGAAGAAGCUGAAGAGGAAGGAGACUGUGAGAAUGUACCUUCAGGAACAAGAGCUUGUGGAGCCAUUAACCCCAAGUGGGGCGUCUCCAAAUCAAGCUCAGAUGCGAAUUCUUAAAGAGACGGAGCUAAAAAAGCUGAGACCUCUUGGCGCAGGCGCUUUUGGGACAGUUUACAAGGGGGUAUGGGCUCCUGAAGGUGAACACGUAAAAAUACCAGUGGCCAUUAAGGUGUUACGGGAGAACGCCUCACCAAAGGGCAACAAAGACAUUCUAGAUGAGGCGUAUGUGAUGGCGUCUGUCACCAGCCCUUAUGUGUGUCGUCUCCUCGGGAUUUGUCUGACCUCGGCCGUGCAGCUGGUCACUCAACUGAUGCCGUACGGCUGCCUGCUGGACUAUGUCAGGGAAAACGUAGACCGCAUUGGUUCUCAGGUCCUCCUCAACUGGUGUGUCCAGAUUGCCAAGGGGAUGAGUUAUCUGGAGGACAUUAGGUUGGUUCACAGAGAUCUGGCUGCCCGCAAUGUUCUCGUAAAAAACCCAAACCAUGUCAAGAUCACAGACUUCGGCCUGGCCCGUCUGCUGGAUAUAGAUGAGACUGAGUAUCAUGCUGAUGGAGGAAAGGUGCCAAUUAAAUGGAUGGCUUUGGAGUCUAUUCUACAUAGGAGGUUUACUCAUCAGAGUGACGUCUGGAGCUACGGGGUGACAGUUUGGGAGCUGAUGACGUUUGGUUCCAAGCCAUAUGACACCAUCGCAGCAAGGGACAUCCCAGAUUUGCUGGAGGGAGGAGAGCGACUCCCACAGCCUCCAAUCUGCACCAUCGACGUCUACAUGAUAAUGGUCAAAUGUUGGAUGAUUGAUCCAGACAGCAGGCCCAAGUUUAAAGAACUGGUUUAUGACUUUAGCACCAUGGCAAGAGAUCCAUCUCGUUUUGUAGUCAUUAAGAAUGACGAGCAGAUGAGCGCAUCCAGCCCAGUGGACAGCCAGUUUUACCGGAUGCUUCUGGAGGAGGGGGAAAAUGUGGGAGACAUGAUGGAUGCAGAAGAGUAUCUAGUCCCGCAACCCAACCUGUUCCCCAGAACCAGGGGAAAGGAGUCUGUUUCCAAUGGGCCGUCCAGGCACCAGUCCUACAGGAGCAGAGAUCAGGGUCUGGAUGUGGAGCCCUCCACUGCUGGUGUUUCUCAAAGCAUGUACUCCUCACUGAGUACGCUGGGCCACAACCACUACCCCACCCUACCAAUGGGUGCAAGCGCAGCUAACGGCCUUUGGCCUCAGCUGGCUCGCAGCACGUCAGCAGGAGGCCAGUCUGACUCGGUCUUCCUGGAAGUCACUCAGGAUGGACAAUCGUUGCCGCCGUCCAGCCCUGGACGGUAUUGCAAAGACCCCACCUACCCCAACGGGAGCCAGUGUGACCUGGAAAACGACGAGACGGACAGCUUCCCUCAUGCUAAUCACCUUCAUCACUCCUUGCCCAGGAGGAGUCACAUCCACAGUCAUAAAACUGCAAUGCCAGAGUACGUAAACCAGGAGGUGCAGGAUUCCAGGCCGGUGAUCCCCGAGCGGCCCACCACACUUCCACGCAAAGGCUCCAGAGUGGACAGGCGGCUCCCCAACGGACUCGGCUCUGGUCAUAGUGUUGAAAACCCAGGAUACAUAAUCCCUGUCAACUCCAUCUCUCCUGCCUUUGACAACCCGUACUAUCUGGAUCUUGGGGACAAGGCCAAAGCCGCUCCCAGUGGAGCAGCAGGAGACAGUCCUGCAGCAGUGGAGAGUAAUGGGACUGUUCCCACGCAUGUGAAUGGGUUUGUGACCCCCACUGCAGAAAACCCAGAGUAUCUUGGACUGGCAGACACCUGGACUGGUCAUACUUGAGGAGAAGGAGCAGGGACUGUCGGACUUGGAGACUGUGCUCUUUUAAUGGAAAACUGAAAGAAAGGGAAGAGUUAUUUCUGACAGAACUGAGUGGGAUCUUUGUUUGAAUCUGAGAGCACCGUUUGGCCACAUGAAUGUGGGGAGGCUAUCAUAAAAAACUCACCAUUGACCUCAGCAGAGUGUAGCAUUAAUAUGGUAUCCAUGACGAUGUGUGAACUCAUAAACAGUUUUGGAGAUUUCAGAGAAUCAUUUGAUAAUUUCUCCUUUUUUCUCUAAUGUCUAAAUUCAUGUUCAGUUUCUUUUCCACCACAUAUGAAGCAGCUGUUGUUUCUUCCCAGCUUCCACGGACAGAAUGAACCACGAUGCGCAUGCAGGAUGGUGUUUAGUAUUCUGGUCGCUCUCGUCCGACCCUGACGAGGGUCUCUAGUACCCUCAAAGCCAUUUUGUCUCAAACAGAGAAGGCCCCUGCAGCCCAUCUGGCCCAUGGGCAUGCUCCCUGAAAGAAAGGCGUCCUGUGUGCUGAAGACAGCAGCUUUGUGCCACUCUGAUGUAUGGGGGAUCAUUGGCGACUUUGCAGCUAUUACUUUGUGAGGUACAAGCAGACGUCAUAAGCUGUGUAAAAUAUGUUUUAUAGAGAAGAUUUAUAUUUACCUAAAUCAUGUUCAUGUUUUUUGCAUAUUCCAAGCUUGUGCUCCCCAGUGAGCCAUGCUCUAAAAGCUGCAAUGGAUAUAUUUUUUUUAAGUUUAGGAAUAAAAAGAAGAGCGGGCUGCUCCAUGCAUUUGGAGAAAACAAAAGCGUCACUCUGGUCUAUUAGGGUGAUCAAUGCAUGGUUCAAAUUCCACUCGGUGAGAGCAGACUUGCAUCUCAGUUAAUAAUCAACAGCCUUUUUUUUUUUUUCGUGCUAACUGAUUUUUGGCGGAGAGGGAAGUCGAAGCCCUUUCAAUCGAGCCUUUGUCUGACCUCCCAUGUCCUUGUUGUCAAUGCUUUCCUUCACUCACAUUCUGUCUGAGAAGAAAGUAGUGACACACUGUUCAACUACAUCUGAGCUGCUCUGUUUUUAAUACCUAAAGGAUGAUACUGCACAAAGGCUUAAAUAUAUCCUGAAUGUACCCCCCACAUCUCAUGCUUAAUACGGGUUUUGAAGAGUUUUGUUCUACAAUGUCAACUUUAAGAUUUUUAGAAAAAAAAGACUUUUUCCUUUUUCUAUAACAAGUCAGGGAAUUUCUUUUAAUGCCUUCACUUUUUUAUCACACACACACACAUAUAUACACAUAUAUAAGAUCUUGAAUACAGGCUUGUCAACACAUAUGUCAUUAUUUGCCAUGUUUCUAUGGAGCUUAGUUGUUUAUAGGUUUGAUAUAGAAACACCUAAACAGCAUUUAUGCGUUUCUCAUGUUAAUAUUUGAAAUGUGAAGAACGCUUGUUGAUGCCUUCUGUGUAGGCUCUUUAAAUCAUCUGGAAAAUGUUCAAAUUUGGGCCCAAAGGAUUAUUAUCUCCUUGUCAAAGAUGGGUAUCAUUCCAAGUCUUGGAAAAAUUGCAGCACAAAGCCUGUAUUCAUUCAUGAGGCUUGCACUGGUUUACUGCAGCUGUCGGAUUUGUUUUUUUUGUUGUUUUUUUUUUAACAGCUCUAAGAACUUAUCUAUCACCUCUAUGAGCCAGCUUGUUUUACCAGAACAAUUACAGAGCUUAAAUGUUAGAAUAAAUGGAUGGUUGAUCAACACCAAUGAAUAAAAUGAGCCCUGUGACUGUUUUUCAACAUGUUUAUUCCUGUAUUAAAAAGACUGAAACAAGGCAGAAAACAAGACAUCUUGAACAUGAUCAUGGAUGGGAAAAAAAAGCAGCUAAAAAUUUGUUGAAGUUUUUCCAAACUAUGAUUUACAUUGUGAAGAAACAUGUUUUUUACUCCUUUAUAUAAAUAUAUAUUUGUACAUUUUUUUUAACCUUUCAUGGUUGUUGGGAUUGUGGCAGGGUAUUAAUAACAUGUAUGUUGAAAUUUUUCUCUGAUCAAUCAGUGUAAGGAAAUGUUUUAAAAUAGCUAUAUAACCUAUAAAUAAACUGGUUAUUAGCUGAUAUGAACUGUUCUGUUCCAUUUAUUAGAAUUUAUAGCUAUAAUUUAGGAUUUCUUUUGCUAAACAUUUUUACUGAAAUAAACCAAAGACCUUGUCUAAA